AUGAGCUUGACCUAUAUUGAUGUCGUUUACCUGACGUACUUAUCGGACAUUGCAUGUGACCCUGAGUACAACUGGGGAGCGGCUACACUGGCCUACACCUACCACCUACUAGAAGAGGGAUGCAUAUGGAAGGAGAGGACUGUGGCUGGCAACUGUACCCUCUUAGUGGCUUGGAUACUACAGCACUUCCCUGAUAUUAUUGGCUGGGGAGAGGUGCCGGGUUACACUGAGGACAUGUCGCAGCGCAUCAUACGUCAGUUUUGCUACCAGCAGACGUUACCUCGCCACCCUUAUGAGUCCUCUCCUAUCGCCAUGACACGUCGGCAGCUAGAUGAAGUCUUUGUAGAUUGGGAGCACCACUUCGUUCCUGUAGAGGCUCAGGCGACCACAUCAGAGACGGACUAG